UAUGUUAUUGACAGUCAGUGACGAUUGACGGGAGUCCAUCAGCUCAGUGGCCAUUGAUGGACCAUCCCUAUGAAGAAACAGGGUUACAAUGGGACAAAGUACCUCGGAACAAGAGGUCCAAGAAAACAACCCCGAGGACGGGCUUGACAACAUCAAGACAUUUGUGGAGGAGGAACUACAGACGAGCAUGAUGGUGGGGAUGGUGAUCGGUGCGGGCAUCGCCAUAGUCCUCAUCGCCAUCCUCAUCUUCUUCAUCUUGCGGAGGAUCCAGCUACGAAAUAUAGAAGCUCAGGAAGCACCAAAAUACCGCUUCCGCAAGAGGGACAAAGUCAUGUUCUACGGACGAAAGAUCAUGCGUAAAGUCUCGCAGUCUACCUCUUCCCUGGUGGGUACAUCCUCUUCCUCUCGUCCGCGCCUAAAGAAGAAGCAGAAGAUGCUCAACAUUGCCAAAAAAAUCCUGCGCUUUAAGAAGGAGGUGCCCAUCCUGCAGGCCAAGGAGCCCCCUCCCUCAGUGCUGGAGGCUGACCUCACUGAGUUUGAUGUGGCCAACUCCCACCUCCCCUCUGAGGUGCUGUACAUGCUCAAAAACGUCCGUGUGCUGGGUCACUUUGAGAAGCCCCUCUUCCUGGAGCUGUGUAAACACAUGGUGUUUGUGCAGUUCCAACAAGGGGAGUACGUCUUCAGGCCGGGUCAGCCAGACAGCAGCAUCUACGUGGUUCAGGAUGGAAAAUUAGAAUUGUGCCUUACUGGAAUGGAUGGCAAAGAAAGUGUGGUGAAGGAAGUGUACCCGGGAGACAGUGUCCACAGCCUCCUCAGCAUCCUGGAUGUCAUCACAGGCCACCAGAGGCCUUACCGAACUGUGUUGGCACGGGCUGCAGAGGUUUCCACUGUUCUCCGUUUACCUGUAGAGGCCUUCCUCUCUAUAUUUGAGAAGUACCCUGAGAGUCUGGUGCGGGUAGUACAGAUUAUUAUGGUUCGUCUCCAAAGAGUAACAGUCCUUGCCCUGCACAACUAUCUGGGGCUCACCAAUGAGCUCUUCAGCCAUGAAAUGCAGCCCUCCCGUCUGCCACCACCGUCCCCCCACCCAACCCGCACCAGUCCCAUUCGGCACGGUAAACGUUUUGGCAGCCUGACGGUGUCUGAGGAGCAUCGGGAAGCUGCCAUCAAGGGUGAAGCCACAGGAGGGGAACAAGGGAGAGAUGGAGCAACAGUGCCAACUCUUAGCAGGACCAUCUCCAUGCCUGUGGACAUUGCAGGCAUACAAAAAAGUCUGAGAUCGGACUUUGACAUGGCGUAUGAAAGAGGACGGAUCUCUGUCUCUGCAGAGGAUGGAAACACUCCUCCUACAUUCACUCGGUCUGUAUCCCAGGACCAGCGGGAGAGGAGGGUGACAGUAGAUGAGGUUCCCUCAGGGAUCUAUCUGUAUCCAGAGGAAGAGCCGGGAGUGGACAAUAUUUUCACACCUAUAUCCUGUCGAAGCAAUGCUGCUCUGUUUGAGGAAGCUCAGAAAGAAAUCCUCAAAUUAAUGAAGAUUGAGGAUCCCUCCUUGUUAAAUGGGAAAGUGACUCUGCACCAUGCAAAAGCGGGAGCCGUCUUAGCCAGACAGGGAGAUCAGGACGUGAGUCUGCACUUUGUCCUGUCUGGCUGUCUCCAUGUCUACCAGCGGAUGAUUGACAAGCAGGAGGCCGUCUGCUUGUUUGUGACCCACCCGGGGGAGAUGGUGGGUCAGCUCGCUGUGCUCACUGGAGAGCCCCUCAUCUUUACCAUCAAGGCCGUCCGAGACUGUACUUACCUCAAGAUCUCUAAGUCGGAUUUCUACGAGAUCAUGAGGGAGCAGCCCAGUGUGGUGCUGAGUGCAGCUCACACAGUGGCCAUCCGCAUGUCGCCUUUUGUCAGGCAGAUGGACUUUGCUAUCGACUGGAUGGCUGUGGAAGCUGGCCGAGCCCUCUACAGACAGGACGACCAGUCAGACUGCACCUACAUUGUUCUGAAUGGACGUCUACGUUCAGUCAUCCGCAAGGCAAAUGGCAAGAAAGAACUAGUUGGGGAGUAUGGCAGAGGAGACCUCAUUGGAGUGGUGGAGGCUUUGACCAGACAGCCAAGAGCCACUACUGUCCACGCUGUGAGAGACACCGAGCUGGUCAAACUGCCCGAGGGAACACUCAACAACAUCAAAAGACGAUAUCCACAGGUGGUGACCAGGUUGAUCCACUUGUUAGGCCAGAAGAUUCUGGGGAACCUGCAGCAGGGUCGUGGGCCCUUCUCAGGGUCGACCCUGAAUCUACCCAGUAUGACAGCCAGUGCUGAUGUCACCAACCCUGCCAGCAACCUCUCCACUGUGGCUGUCCUGCCCAUAUGUGAUGAGGUGCCAAUCAAUGCAUUUAACCUGGAGCUCAGCCAUGCCCUCAGUGCCAUCGGGCCCACUCUGCUAUUAACCAGCGAAAUAAUCAGAGAGCGACUGGGCGCCUCUGCUUUGGACAGUAUCCAUGAGUACCGUCUCUCCGGCUGGCUGGCCCAGCAGGAAGACAUCAAUCGCAUCGUCCUGUACCAGACAGACAACAGCAUGACCCCGUGGACUCAGCGAUGCAUCCGCCAGGCUGACUGUAUCCUCAUUGUUGGCCUGGGGGACCAGGAGCCCGCCCUGGGAGAGUUGGAGCAGAUGCUGGAGAACACAGCAGUUCGGGCUCUGAAGCAGCUGGUCCUUCUGCACCGAGAGGACGGGCCGGGCCCCUCCAGGACGGUGGAGUGGCUCAACAUGCGUAGCUGGUGCUCCGGGCAUCUGCACCUCAAGUGUCCCCGCAGGGUCUUCUCCAGACGCAGCCCCAGCAAACUAAGGGAGGUAUAUGAGAAGGUUUUUGAGAAAACAGCAGACAGGCACAGUGAUUUCUCUCGGCUGGCCCGAGUCCUGACUGGAAACAGCAUUGCCCUGGUGCUGGGAGGAGGUGGAGCCAGAGGCUGCUCUCAUGUGGGUGUGAUCAAAGCUAUGGAGGAAGCGGGGAUUCCUAUUGACAUAGUGGGUGGGACCUCAAUCGGCUCAUUUAUUGGUGCAUUGUACGCUGAGGAGAGGAGUGCUGUCAGAACCAAACAGAGAGCCAGAGAGUGGUCCAAGGCGAUGAACUCCGUCUUCAAAACUGUGCUGGACCUGACCUAUCCCAUCACCUCCAUGUUUUCCGGUUCUGCCUUCAACACCAGCAUCUAUAAAGUGUUCCAGGACAAACAAGCUGAGGACCUGUGGCUGCCAUACUUUAACGUCACCACUGACAUCACAGCCUCGGCCAUGCGUGUUCACCAAGAUGGCUCUCUGUGGCGCUAUGUGCGGGCGAGCAUGACCCUCUCGGGGUACCUGCCCCCCCUCUGCGACCCCAAAGAUGGCAACUUGCUAAUGGACGGUGGCUACAUCAACAACCUGCCAGCGGACAUUGCGAGGAACAUGGGUGCCAGAACAGUCAUUGCCAUCGACGUGGGUAGCCAAGAUGAGACCGACCUCUGUAACUAUGGCGACUGCCUGUCUGGCUGGUGGUUGCUGUGGAAACGGAUCAAUCCCUGGGCAGAGAAAGUAAAGGUCCCAGACAUGGCAGAGAUCCAGUCUCGGUUGGCCUACGUGUCUUGUGUGCGGCAGUUAGAGGUGGUGAAGAAGAGUGCCUACUGUGAGUACAUCAGACCGCCCAUCGACCGAUUCAAGACCAUGGACUUCGGCAAGUUUGACGAGAUCUAUGAUGUGGGCUACCAGCAUGGCAAGCUGCUGUUUACUGGCUGGGCCCGAGGUGACAUCAUCGAGAACAUGCUGAAGGACCACCGUUCAGCUGACUACAACGACAGCAAGAGAACUGACUCCUACACAUACACAGGAGCUGACUUCACCGACCUUGCAGAGAUUGUAUCCAGGAUAGAGCCAGUCCAAAGCUACGUAGCUGCGGAAGCAGAGGAGUCGGACUGUCUGACAGAGUACGAGGAAGACGGGAUGGACACCGUGAGAGAGGAGGAGGGGGAGGAGGAGGAGGAAGAGGCAGAGGACCCUGAGGACCACUCCCCUGGAGAGUGGGGCCAGAACGGAGUCUUUCAGACUGAUGAGGAGAAAUCUGUAAGACAACGCAGGAAACUCACCAGUGACUCCAACACCUCUGAAGUCUCCGACUGCUGACAGAGGGCCACAGAGGAGUAGAGGGAGUUUAAACAAGACCAAGGGCCAGAUUAAGGGUCCAUAAACUGGCUAGAGACUUGGACGCCACACUCUGAAAUACUGUUUUCGGUUUCUCUGCAGGAAAUGGCAGUUUAUGCUCUAAAUUGUUGAAUCUUCUUUGCAUCAAGUGGCUUCCUCCUCGCUCACACAUUUACUUCAUGUUCACACUCUGACCUGAAAACGAAAAUGUACGGUCUCGAAUAAGAACUACCCCACCCGGCGGGUACUCUCAUCACUUUCACACCAAACGACCCAUUGCCAGAACCCCAGCCUGCCAACUCCCAAACCUGCAAAAACCGGGACUCCCCAGUAACCAACACCCAAAACAGGGACGUUAAAUCUUCCAAUUCCCCCACCUGUUUCUAAUUUUCAAAUGGCCAGAAGGACCCCGUCUGUGUCUCUGAAUCUUUACGUGUGUCUCUAAUGUCGGUACAUCAUCAUUGCACUCCACUGUUGACGAUUUAAAGUACAGUAUUGCACGGUUCCAUUUUAAUUUCUUUGUGCGCUUGUUGGGUUGAGUUUGUAUGUGUUGCCUGAGUGUUAGGAUGAGUGUUUGCUGUGAUUUGUUGAAAAGUAGCAGAACACUGAAAGCAAAAGUCAGAAUAGAUGGAUGUCAAGGAAGGGGAAGCUGUAGCAGGAAUUUUUAAUGCUCAUGUAGUCACUAAAGUAGAUUUUAUGUCGACUGAACAGAGCUGGACCAGUGUCAAUAAGCAGAACAAUAAUGGGUUAAUUAGGAUAUUUUAAGGAGAAAAAGGUGUUAUUUAAUUUAAGUAGAAGGUUUGGAAAUGAAGCAAGGAGAUAAAAAUGUGUGCAGAUGGAAGAUAUGGACCAGUGAGUUAAGUGUUUUAUUUUUUUUGUUUUGAUUUAAUUUAUUUUGAAAGGAAGCUUGAUGUGCUGUAGGUAGACGGAAAUGAAAAGAGGACAGAGAAAAUUUGUAACGAAAAUUAAGGAUGAGUGAGAUGAGUUCAGUGAGUGGAUGUCUGCGUGUUUGAAAUUCAGCCUCUUAGACGUUGUUUGAGAUGUUGCCAGAUAAAGAUGCCUUUUUGACCAGUGUUGGAUCCGCUCACAGUGACUGUGGAGAAGAGAGCGCAUAUUUGACUGACCCUACACAACACACCAGUGUGUGCCAACCUCUUCCUGCACAAGGUCACACAUACAGUACUCAAAGUUCCAGCGAAUGGUGGACAAUAUAGUGUGUAUGACAAGCUAUCUGUGACCGUGCAGCUCUGAGAGUCUUUAAAACGUAGCCAACAUAUUAUUGUUGGAUAACACGCAGAAACCCUGAGUACUCUUUAAUGUCAAAUAGGAAGAAAAAUUCACCUCAUGUAACUAUUAACACUGAAUUAACAUGGACCUCUUGUAGAUUGUAACAAGAUUAUAUUAUACUAUACACAAUGUUGAUAUUCAUAUAUGUAUAUGAGGUGGAAAUUUGUAAGUUGAUGCUUUGCUGCAAAACAAGGGAACCUACAGCAGAACAAAAAAGGGUUUCUUUUAAAAUGUAUUCUGUUUUAUUUAUAUGUGUUAACUACUGGCUUUUAAAAAAUAAUUUUCAGUUUUUUUUUUAUUUGGGGGUGGGGGAUGUCUUAUUUUAAUUAACUUUGCUUUAGCUGUUUUGCACUGAAAUAUUUGAACUAUUCCUUGCUCAGAAGAUGUUUGGUUUAAUAAUAGCCAACUUUGAGAUGCCAAGGGAAUCUGAAGAAUAAAUGAUGAUUUAAUAUGCAUAUUGGAAAUAAAUAUAAUAUGCAGCAA